GUAAAGCGAGAUCUGUCGGUGGGCGUGCAGGUACCGCGUAGUUCAGGAGGACGAGGGCUACGGCAUGGACGUGACGGUGCUGCACAACGACGUGGGGCUGGUGCGAUCGCGGGACGAGCUGCGUCUGCGCGCGCCUCUCCCUCGCGACGCCCUCGCAGCGCUUCGUAGAUACGACCCCGGCAACCUCAUGGAUGCUGAAGUUCAUGUGCUGGGCUUCGGGCGGUCGGAGAGCAGCGCGCUGGGCGAGGAGAUGUGGGGUGCGCGGCUGCGACUGGCGCGCUGUGGCCGCGCCACCUGGUACCACGUGGUGUGCGGCGCGGGAGCAGUCGAGCCUGCGAGUGCGCGGGCUGCGGGCGCAGGUGCGGUAGGCGGCGUGUGCGCGGGCGACUCGGGCGGGCCGCUGCUGUUCGGUCGCACGCAAGUGGCGGUAACGUCGCUCGGCCCGCGCGAGUGCGGACCGACUGGUGGCGAAGGCGAACCGCCGUUGAGCGCUCUCAGCGUGUUCACGACGCUGCGGCCGUACGUGGACGUGCUGAACGCCACUAUGACGGACACGGAUGCGGAGCUGCGUAUGCGCAUGAUCUCUGCCGCCCCGCGCCCCUCCCGCACUCUUAUGUUUGUCGCCUAUAUAAUAUAUGAUUCUCUAUUGUGCGCUUCGGUGACGUAA